AUGAGCAGUUUUGAGCAGGUCCUGCAGGAGAUCGGGGAGUUUGGUUUGUUUCAGAAGCUUGUUCUGGCUGCAGUAUGCAUCCCGCACAUGUUUACUGGUCUGGACAUGAUUGGUCAGGUUUUCACCGGCUUGAGCUUCCCUCAUCACUGUGAUACUGCCUGGAUUUUGACCCGUGGCCCCAACUUGACACAUGAGAGGCAGAGAAAUCUCACCCUCCCUGUGAACAAGGAUGGAGAGUUUGAAAGCUGUUUAAUGUUCACACCUGUGGAUUUGGAUUUGGAAACCAUUGAAGCGUAUGGGAUUAACAGCACCACAAAGUGUGUAGAUGGAUGGGAUUAUGAGGCACCUGAGGGUGCCUCCAGCACAAUAACAGAGUUUGAUCUGGUGUGUGACAGAGGUGGUUUGCUUGAAGUAUCGCAGUCCAUCUACAUGGCAGGUCUUCUGGUUGGAGCACUGCUGUUUGGCCCAAUGGCUGACAGGUUUGGCCGACGCUUUGUGGUCCUCCUUUCAAUCCUUCUGCUGCUGGUGUUUGGUGUGGGUGCUGCUUUUUCACCCAACAUCUAUGUUUACAUGGCUGUCAGAUUUGUAAGUGGCACCGCAGUUUCUGGCAUCAUGAUGAAUGGAUUUGUGUUAGGUGCAGAGUGGACUGAUUCCUCUCGGGUUGCACUCUUCACCUUUGUCACCGUUAAUUCCUUCCCUGUUGGACUGAUGAUCUUGUCAGGCGUCGCCUAUUUGAUCCGCAACUGGAGGAUCCUGCAGCUGGUGCUCUUCAGCCCUCUGCUCCUGGUUCUGGUGAUCUUCUACUGGCUUCUUCCAGAGUCAGCUCGUUGGCUUAUGACCCAGGGCAGGAAGGAGGAAUUGCAAAAGGAGAUCCGGAGGGCAGCCAGGGUGAACAGGAGAAAAGUCUCUCAAGCUCUGCUUGAACAACUGCAGGUGGAGGUUUCAUCCAACAAAGGAAGCAUGCUGGACAUCUUCAGGAUAUCAUAUUUGAGAAAACGUGCUCUCAUAAUGAACUUUGUCUGGUUAGGAACCAGUUUGGUUUACUAUGGACUGAGCAUGAAUGUUGGUGACUUUGGCCUGGAUAUCUACCUCACCCAGUUCACCUUUGGUGUUGUGGAACUUCCUGCAUACGUGGGCAGUUUGGCUCUUAUUCAGCAUUUCGGGAGAAGAAUAUGUCAGGCAGGGUUCUUGCUCAUUGCAGGCGGGGCUUGCCUUGUGGUCCCUGCCGUUCCAAAGGACCUCCCUGGACUGAUAACUGUCAUGGCAUCACUGGGGAAGUUUGCUGCCAGUGCUUCUUUCGCCAUAGUCUUUGUUUAUACUGCAGAGCUGUAUCCUACCUUCCUACGACAAAAUGGUAUUGGUCUAAACUCCAUGUGUGGUCGUGUGGCGGGCAUCAUCGCUCCUCUGAUCAGACUCCUGGAUGUCUACCAUCACUCCAUCCCCAUGCUGUUAUAUGGCAUCAUCCCCUUGUCUGCUGGGGGUCUCUGCUUUUUUCUGCCUGAGACCCUCCAUGUUGGACUCCAGGACCACGCUGAGCCCAUCGCCCCUCACUGCGACUUCAUUUGCACUCAAAAGGGUCGGUCACAGACAAAGGGGGAGCACAGCGGGGCGACCUGUGGCGCAGCGGAGGAGGACCGCAACAAACCCCCCCCCACGGAGCGCCCGCGGUUUGCUGCGGGAGGGGUUGGGGGUUAG